ACCACGUACACUGGAUGGACUGGGUCUGAGACGUCCACCUACUCUACCGACAUUACUACCUACACUGGUACCGACGGUGAGUUAACCACUGAGACCAUCUACUACGUCGAGACCCCAGCAGUCGUUUCCACCACGUACACUGGAUGGACUGGAUCUGAGACGUCCACCUACUCCACCGACGUGACUACCUACACUGGCACUGACGGUGAGUUGACUACCGAGACCAUCUACUACGUCGAGACCCCAGCAGUCGUUUCCACCACGUACACUGGAUGGACUGGAUCUGAGACGUCCACCUACUCCACCGACAUUACCACAUUCACCGGUACCGACGGUGAGUUGACCACCGAAACCAUCUACUACGUCGAGACCCCAGGUGUUGCAUCGACCACGUACACUGGAUGGACUGGGUCUGAGACGUCCACCUACUCCACCGACGUGACUACCUACACUGGUACCGACGGUGAGUUAACCACUGAGACCAUCUACUACGUCGAGACCCCAGCAGUCGUUUCCACCACGUACACUGGAUGGACUGGAUCUGAGACGUCCACCUACUCCACUGACAUUACCACAUUCACCGGUACCGAUGGCCAAUUGACUACCGAGACCAUCUAUUAUGUUGAGACUCCAGCUGUUGUUUCUACCACGUACACUGGAUGGACUGGAUCUGAGACGUCCACCUACUCCACCGACGUGACUACCUACACUGGCACCGAUGGCCAAUUGACCACUGAGACCAUCUACUACGUCGAGACCCCAGGUGUUGCAUCCACCACGUACACUGGAUGGACUGGGUCUGAGACGUCCACCUACUCCACCGACGUGACUACCUACACUGGUACCGACGGUGAGUUGACCACCGAAACCAUCUACUACGUCGAGACCCCAGGUGUUGCAUCCACCACGUACACUGGAUGGACAGGAUCUGAGACCUCUACCUACUCCACCGACAUUACCACAUUCACCGGUACCGAUGGCCAAUUGACUACCGAGACCAUCUAUUAUGUUGAGACUCCAGCUGUUGUUUCUACCACGUAUACUGGAUGGACUGGAUCUGAGACGUCCACCUACUCCACUGACAUUACCACAUUCACCGGUACCGACGGUGAGUUGACCACCGAAACCAUCUAUUAUGUUGAGACUCCAGGUGUUGCAUCCACCACGUACACUGGAUGGACAGGAUCUGAGACCUCUACCUACUCCACUGACGUUACCACAUUCACCGGUACCGAUGGCCAACUGACUACCGAGACCAUCUAUUAUGUUGAGACCCCAGCUGUUGUUUCUACCACGUACACUGGAUGGACUGGGUCUGAGACGUCCACCUACUCCACCGACAUUACCACAUUUACCGGUACCGACGGUGAGUUGACUACCGAGACCGUCUACUACGUCGAGACCCCAGCAGUCGUUUCCACCACGUACACUGGAUGGACCGGAUCUGAGACCUCUACCUACUCCACCGACGUGACUACCUACACUGGCACUGACGCUGAGUUGACUACCGAGACCAUCUACUACGUCGAGACCCCAGCAGUCGUUUCCACCACGUACACUGGAUGGACUGGAUCUGUGACGUCCACCUACUCUACCGACAUUACUACCUUCACUGGCACUGAUGGCAAACCAACUACGGAGACGAUCUAUUUCGUGGAGACCCCAGAGGGUGCUUCUACUACCUACACCGGAUGGACCGGAUCUUUCACUUCCACUUACUCCACCGGUGUGACUACCUUCACUGGAUCUGACGGCAAGCCAACCACUGAGACUGUGUACUAUGUUGAGACCCCAGAGGGCGCUUCUACUACCUACACCGGAUGGACCGGAUCUUUCACUUCCACUUACUCCACCGGUGUGACUACAUUCACUGGAUCUGAUGGCAAGCCAACUACGGAGACUAUCUAUUUCGUGGAGACCCCAGAGAGUGCUUCUACUACCUACACCGGAUGGACCGGAUCUUUCACUUCCACUUACUCCACCGGUGUGACUACCUUCACUGGAUCUGACGGCAAGCCAACCACUGAGACUGUGUACUAUGUUGAGACCCCAGAGGUGCUUCUACUACCUACACCGGAUGGACCGGAUCUUUCACUUCCACUUACUCCACCGGUGUGACUACCUUCACUGGAUCUGACGGCAAGCCAACAACUGAGACUGUGUACUAUGUGGAAACUCCUGCAGUCAUUUCUACGUCUUAUACCGGAUGGACCGGAUCUUUUACCUCUACUUACUCUACUGGUAUGACUACAUUCACUGGAUCUGAUGGCAAGCCAACUACGGAGACGAUCUAUUUCGUGGAGACCCCAGAGGGUGCUUCUACUACCUACACCGGAUGGACCGGAUCUUUCACUUCCACUUACUCCACCGUUGUGACUACCUUCACUGGAUCUGACGGCAAGCCAACCACUGAGACUGUGUACUAUGUGGAAACUCCUGCAGUCAUUUCUACGUCUUAUACCGGAUGGACCGGAUCUUUUACCUCUACUUACUCUACUGGUAUGAAUACCUUCACUGGAUCGGAUGGUGUAUUGACCACAGAGACAAUCCUCUAUGUCGAAACUCCAAGAUCAGCCUUCUAUGGUAACACAACCACAAAGAACCCUGGUUCAACCCCUGUAGAGAGCAGUACAUCCUUCCUCACUACCCAAGCUUCAAGUAAUUCAUGGCCAACCUCCAGUAACAUUCCUACUUCAUCUUCUGGAAUGAGUUCUGAUGUAUCAACAACUACGUUAACAGGUGGAGUAACGUCAUACACUACAACAUGUCCCGAGAGCUCGACGUCACAAACAGGUAAGCCAGAGACACCAAUUAUUUCGUCGAUCACCUCAUCCUUACCCUUCCAAGGCACCGAGACUGUUGUUACUACAACGGUAUCUGGUGUUGUAACUUCUUUCACAACAACCUGCCCUGAAAGUGAUACUGAGAAACUAACUUCUCUUCAAAGCACUUCUCAUACAAUCUUUAGUGAUACUGAUUCAGGAGCAGGAAUUACAACCAAGUCUGGUAAUGCCAACACGAAAGAGUUGACCACCAGUAGUGCGACUACAUUUUCAGACUCAGGCAAUCCACAGGUAACAUCUACCACAUAUUCUGGGAAAGUUGAAUCACCUGCUAUAUCGCAAAGUGGAGCGUCUAAGAACGUAGUUACCACAUCUACUUCCUCUCAUGAAGCUUCCUCUGAAGCUUAUGGUAGUGGAAAUGAAGUACCAACUCAAACUUCCUCUCAAGAAGCUGGAAACUCAGAAACUGCAAUUGAAUCUAGCACUUAUUCUACGUCCAGCUCAACUUUGAAUGCUCAUACAUUGGUGUCCCAGUUUACUGUUUCUCAACAAACUAGCCCGGCCAGUAUUGUAACAGGUGCAAGUCAUUCACUAGUUUCAAUUUCAACUUACGAAGGCCUGGCAAACAAGGUUAAAACUGGCCUGCUUUUGCUCCUCCCUCUUGCUCUCUUGUAA